CAGGGCAGGUGUCUAUAAGAAAGGCAGCGGACCUCGACAAUUGAUGUUUUUUUCACCGCACUCGGAUACUCCAGUGAGUCGAUACACCAUGGCAUCUUUCCUGUCUUCAGUGAUCGCCGGCUCAGCGCUGCUCAGUGCAGUGACUGCUCAGAACUUUGAUGGAGGUCCAUCCAGUGAUGGUGGUUUCGAAUAUGUUCAGCCAUUGAACACCACCAUCUUGGGAGAGUAUGGCCAUUCGCCAGCCGUGUACCCUUCGCCAAACAUCACUGGCAUCGGUGGCUGGGAACAAGCUUUGGAACAGGCCAAAGCUUGGGUCGCGCAGCUCACACUCGAAGAAAAGGCUGACAUGGUCACUGGCCAAGCCGGUCCUUGCGUGGGCAACAUUGUGGCUAUUCCCCGCCUCAACUUCACCGGUCUAUGCCUUCACGAUGGCCCGCUCGCUAUUCGUGUUGCCGACUACACAAGCGUAUUCUCCGCAGGUGUAUCUGCCGGUGCGACCUGGGACAGAGACAUCAUGUAUGAGCGUGGUGUUGCCAUGGCCGAGGAAUUCAAGGCCAAGGGCGCCCACGUCAUCCUAGGCCCAGUCGCUGGUCCUUUGGGCAGAUCUGGUUAUGCAGGCCGAAACUGGGAAGGGUUCAGCAGUGAUCCUUACCUAAGUGGUGUUGCUAUGGAGGAGACUAUCAAUGGCCACCAAAACACUGGUGUUCAAGCCACAGCCAAACAUUGGAUAGCAAACGAACAGGAAGUCCAGAGAAAUCCGGUAUACUCCAAGGAGAACCCCACCGUCAAGACCGAGGGUGCCCUCUCCUCCAAUCUUGAUGACCGUACCAUGCACGAGCUCUACAUGUGGCCAUUUGCGAACGCCGUCAGAGCUAAGGCUGCCAGCUUCAUGUGCUCGUACCAGCGCAUCAACGGUAGCCACGGCUGCCAGAACUCUGCCUCCCAGAACGGACUCCUCAAGGGAGAGCUUGGUUUCCAAGGCUACAUUAUGUCAGACUGGGGUGCGACCCACUCUGGCGUCGCUUCCAUUGACGCAGGUCUCGACAUGAACAUGCCCGGUGGCUUGGGCCCGUACGGAAUGAACUUUGGAGAGCCCUCUUUCUUCGGCGGUAACAUCACCAUCGGCGUGAACAACGGCUCCAUCUCUCGUGUUGAUGACAUGGUUAUCCGUAUCAUGACCCCUUACUUCUGGCUCAAGCAAGAUGCUACGGAUUACCCUAGCGUCGAUGAGAGCAGCGCCGACAUGAACACCUUCUCUCCUCGCAGCACCUGGACUCGUAAUUACACCUUCACUGGCACUCGCAGCCGUGAUGUACGUGGCAACCACGGCGAACUCAUUCGCAAGCAUGGAGCUGCUGGCUCUGUCUUGCUCAAGAACGAGAACAAGGCACUCCCUCUCAAGGCCCCCAAGAACAUUGCUGUCUUCGGAAACGAUGCUGGCGAUGAUGUCUCCGGUCUUCUCAACCAGGCUGACUUUGAGUUCGGUACUCUCGCCGCUGGUGGUGGUUCCGGGACCGGUCAAUUCUCUUAUCUCAUUACUCCUCUCCGCGCCAUUCAAGACCGAGCUAUGGAGGAUAAGUCGGUUGUGCAGCACUGGCUCAAUAACACCUACAUCACCACUGUGGAAGACUGGAACAAUGUCUGGCUUCCCACCGUUCCCGAUGUCUGCCUCGUAAUGUUGAAGACUUGGGCUGGAGAAGGUGAUGACCGCAAGCACUUGAGCGUGGAUUGGGAUGGUGACAAGGUCGUUGAGUCCGUUGCUCGCGACUGCAACAACACCGUCGUUAUCACCCACUCUCCUGGUAUCAACACCCUUCCUUGGGCUGACCACCCCAACGUUACCGCGAUUCUCGCUGCCCAUUUCCCUGGUCAGGAAUCCGGACACUCUCUUGUCGAUGUCCUUUACGGCGAGGUCAACCCCUCCGGCCAUUUGCCCUACACUAUCGCCAUGAACGGCAGCGACUACAACGCCCCUCCUACCACUGCCAUCAACACCACUGGUUUCGAUGACUGGCAGUCCAACUUCGACGAGAAGCUUGAAAUCGACUACAGAUACUUCGAUGCGCACAACAUCUCUGUGCGCUACGAGUUUGGAUUCGGUCUCUCUUACACCACCUUCAACAUGUCCGAUUUGGAGGCUUCCCCUCUUGCAUCCGACAUCUCCUCGUUCCCCGAGGAUCUGCCCAUCGAGCAAGGUGGCAACCCGGCUCUUUGGGAGGCUCUUUACAACGUUACCGUUUCCGUCUCCAACACGGGUGACGUUGCCGGCGCUGCUGUCCCCCAGCUUUACGUCGGACUUCCUUCUUCUGCACCUGCAGGAACCCCCAUCCGCCAGCUCCGAGGUUUCGACAAGGUUCACCUUGAGACUGGUGAGUCCAAGUCGGUCGGUUUCGAGCUCAUGAGGAGAGAUCUCAGCUACUGGGAUGUUGUGAGCCAGCAGUGGGUCAUUCCCGAGGGUGAGUUCACCUUCUGGACUGGAUUCAGCAGCAGAGAUCUGGUGGCUGAGAAGAAGGUUACUGUUGUCUCAUAA